AUGAUGGACGGGAGGCUUCCGACAAGCGACGCUUUCCGUGGCGACGACCACGAUCUCAGCAAGCUGAAGGCGCUCAAAACUGUCGCCACGAUGGUCCUGCAGGACGGACCGAUGCUCUAUCGCGAGGCCUGCGCGAGUCUCGUCCACGCGCGCUCCACCUUCUUCUCGGACCUCAACGCGGCGCUCGAUGCCGAUGUCUUUGAUUCUGCCUUUCGAUUCAGAGCGCCGUCGUGGCUCGCGAAGCGCGCGGGGCAUGAGCUGUUGGCGCGCGUACCGCUCGUGCUCUCCGAACCCAGCCUCGCACUCACCUGGACUGGCUCGCUGCUCUUCGCGCUGCUGGCGGUGGCGCCUCCUGACGCGCUGCUCUCCCUGGACCUCCUUCCGUUCUGCUCGCCCGCCUUCUUCCUCGCGAUUCGGUGGUUGGGCAUCCGCCACGACUCUCUGGCUGGCAGGCAUACUGGGCUUGUCCAUGGCGACUUUUUCUCGGCGCGUGAGGCUGGAUGGGGCCGCUGGUCACUGCGCGGAUCUGCGCUGCGCUUCGAGCUGCGCGUGCCGAAUCUGACGCGUGCGGCCGACGUGCGGUGCGAGUGCCUCGCCGGCCUCCUCGACGUGCGCGUGAAAGACGAGCAGCUGCUCGAUGGGGUGGACGCCGCCGGAACAGGGGUGGAGCCCAAGUGGAAGGCUGCGGCGGCGCGGCUCGAGCGCAGCGGCCCGGCCGCCACCGACGGCCAUCUUUCGGUCGCUCCGCGUGGCUGGGGCGCGGAGGUGGUUGGCGAGCCGCUCCUCGUCCUGGGCAGGCAAAGGAGCAUCUCGAGCCAGUCGCUCGCACUCAAGCGCCUCGAAGAGCGCCUCAAGCUUGUCAGCCUGGCGCGGCUGGAGGACGCGUUCGCGGCGAGGCCCGCCGGCCUCGUCCUCUCGCAGCUCUUUAAGACGGACGAGUUCCUCUUCGAGGCGGACAGCGAGACGGCCGACUUUGCGCUGGUGUCCUACCGGCAGGAGCCCCGGCCUCCCAUGACCCGCUCCCACUGCCCCUCUCUUUGGCUGUACUGCUCAAGGCGAGGGAGGCGGGUGUGUGUGGCGGCGCUCUGGAUGGACGCGUGGUGCUUCCGCUUCGCCGGCGAGUACGUCCACGAGGACUUUUGCGCGCUCCUCUCGCACGUCGUGCGGGCGGUCCGCGCCGUGAUUUGGGUCCCCCUCAGCCGGACGAACACGGCGCCUUCGUUCCAGUUCCGGAUGUGGUGCACCUUCGAGGCGGCCGUCGUGGAGCACCGGCAGCUACCCGUCUUCAUUGCGGGCGAGCUGACGGCCUCGCAGCGGCGCCUGGCCCGCCUCGGCCCUCGCAUCUUUGCGCUCCCCUGCCUCGAGCCGCGCGCGACGCUCGCGGAGCUGCGCAUCCUCUCGACCUUCAACGUCUGCUUCCUCUUCAUGGCGAUCGCGUUUCCGCUCGCCCUUGCUGCCGAUCUUCAUGUCCCGCUCGGCUGCGCUGGCCGAACUGGCCCUCUCGGCAGCACAGACGUUGGGGCGACGCAGCGCGCGGGCAACGUGCUCGAGCUGCUGCGAGAUCUGCCGUGGAUUCCCGCCUACGAUCGCCGCGACGCUCUCAUCAUCGCCGAGGUGCUCAUGGUCCUGUACGAGGUGCCGCCGCGCAAGCUCGCGGCGGUCAUACAGAUCCAGGCCCUGUGGCGCGGCUCCCGUGAGAGGGCGGCGCGAAGAGCGCGGCUCUCCGCCGGCGCCGCCUCCUCCUCCCUCUCCGGCAUGCAGAGCGAGGACAGCAUGCAGAGCGAGGACAGCGUCCAGAGGAGUCGGGUCAGCCAGGCGGGAGGCCGCUCGCUGGAGAGGGUCGAGAGUGAGCGAAGCAUGCAGAGCAGUCUGGCCAGCCAGAGCCACAGCAGGGGACAAAGCCGGGCCCGCAGCCAGCGCAGAGCGCGUGCGGCUUGGUCGCCGCUCUGGUCUGAGUCCCUCGCGUGGGACCGCGUCUCGUCCGACGAGUUUCUGCGCGCGCUGGCGCUCCUCUCUUCGUCUCUGCGCGGCAGGCGCGCUAAGACGGCGACUGGCCCUUUACCAAUGGUGGAGAGGGGCUCGAUCGCUUGCGGCUGGCGGGUGCGCUCUGGCGACUCGCACCUACUGCGCACCCCGCUGGGCAAGCUGCAGGUUCCAGCGAGCCGCGCGUCUGCAAGCGUCAGCCUCGCCGACGCGUCGCCGACGGCGCCGCUCCCCUUCUUCGCCGCGGUCUUCUCCCUCUACUUUGUCGACCUCUCCACAGAGCUCAUCAUCAACGCCGUCGGGUCGCGGGCGCAUGGCUGGAGCCGCGUGCCCGAGGCGCUCCUCGCAGCUCUGGACGCUCUCCUCGUCGUCGUGGCCGCUUGCACCACCUGGCUGCCGGCCGCGCUCUGCACGUGGCGACUGCGCGCCGUGCCGCAUGUCUCGCUCGCCGCGGUCUUCUCCCCUCGCGAGCGGGGCGAGUCCGCCAUGGCCCUCCUCACGCCGUACGUGAAUCGUGAUCGUCCCGCGCUCCCGGCCGUCCCGUCCAGCUUCGUGGCCAUCCUCCUCGUCGUGUGCGGGUUGCUUGGGCGGAAGCCGGAGAACGGCAGCCGCCCUCUCCUCGGAUCAUAAAGAAUCCGUUUUCACCA